AGCAGUUUUGCGUUUUUGUUUUGCGCGCGUGCACAGCGCAGCCAUGGCAGAUGUCGCGGAUGUCGCGGAUGUCGAGCCGGAGUCCCUGAGAGAUCUGGCGAGGGUGACCCAGGCGUUGUCUAAGGCGAGGCUGCAGCAGUCCAAAUGCGAAGGGGCCAUGCAUCAGAUGUGGAAAGACCUCAUCGCAUCUGAUUCCGCAAAGGUGACGAAAGCAGCGGAAGAUCUGCAGAAUGCCAAGUUUGAAGACUACGAUCCGAAGAUUGCGGCAAAGAAAGAGGAAAACAAUGCGACCAGAUCAAAACUAGAAGCCCUAAGGGAAGAGAAAAGAAGAAUAGCUGCAGAAGCUACAGAGGAGCGCUCGGAGCCACCAUGUUUUCGCCGUGUCCUUCAAGACAUCGAUGGAGGCGUAGAUUCUGGAUACCUUUCGGCCAGAAAGGGAACCCUGCUGGUGGCAAACCACAGAGAGGAGGACCAUUUCUAUGGCUUCAAACUUGCGGACCCUGUAGACUGUGGCUGGUGGCUGGCUUCUCUCACUGAGCCAUUUCCGACGAAGGGAGCGAAAGAAUCGGAUCGUGCAUCCUCUUAAUCCGUCCGGGGAAAAAA